AUUCUUCAUUCAGCACCCACAAUGACUGCAACCAAUAUCUUAUAUCUGAGCCCAAAAUAACAAAACAGUUAACCCGUAAAUAAGAAGCAGCAUCCAUAUCGAAAAGUGUCCAAUAAGAAACACAAGCCGUACACGGAAACAAUCUUAAAUUAUUCUAGAUUCCAUUUUACCCAAGAACGCAACUAUAGCAUCGGUGGGAGACGAGGAAAUGUCAAGAAGCAGCAGUUUCCGGCGCAACGGGUGGAUCCCCUCCUCCGUAAGACUCAAAACAACCCUCCUCUCGGAGCUCUCCGGCGCGGUGGGAGACUUAGGGACGUACAUACCCAUCGUGCUGGCUCUCUCCUUAGUCAACAACUUGGACCUCACCACCACACUCCUCUUCACUUCUUUCUACAACAUCGCCACCGGCCUCCUCUUUGGCCUCCCCAUGCCCGUCCAGCCCAUGAAGUCCAUCGCCGCCGUCGCCAUCUCCGCCUCCCCGCCCCUCACCAUCCCUCAAAUCUCCGCCGCAGGCCUCUCCGUCGCCGCCGUCCUCCUCCUCCUCGGCGCCACCGGCCUCAUGUCCCUCCUCUGCCGCUACCUCCCCCUCCCCGUCGUCCGCGGCGUUCAACUCUCCCAGGGCCUCUCUUUCGCCUUCUCCGCCGUCAACUACAUCCGCUACGACCAAAACCUCGCCACCUCCAAAUCCGGCCCUCCCCGCCCCUGGCUCGCCCUCGACGGCCUCGCCGUCGCACUCGCCGCCGUCGUCUUUCUGGUCCUCACCACCGGCGCCGGCGACCACCCCCCACCCCCACCACCACAAGAAAACCAAAACAACAACCCUGGCCGGAGGCUUAGGGUUUUGUCUAAGGUUCCGGCGGCGCUUAUUGUGUUUUUGUUGGGUUUGGUGUUAUGUUUCAUUCGCGACCCUUCGAUAUUCGGAGAUCUUAGGUUCGGGCCUUCGAAGAUUUCGCUUGUUAAGAUUAGUUGGGAGGAUUUAAAAAUUGGAUUUGUGAGCGCCGCAAUUCCACAGAUUCCGUUAUCCGUUUUGAAUUCGGUUAUUGCGGUUUGUAAGCUCUCCGGGGACUUGUUUCCGGAGCGCGAGGCUUCAGCGAUGCAUGUUUCGGUGAGUGUGGGACUUAUGAACUUUGUGGGGUGUUGGUUCGGAGCCAUGCCUUGUUGUCACGGGGCUGGUGGUUUGGCUGGACAAUACAGGUUCGGGGGUAGGAGUGGUGCUUCGGUGGUGUUUCUUGGGGUUGCCAAGUUGGUUCUUGCUCUAGUGUUUGGAAACUCGCUUGGAAGAAUCUUGGGUGAGUUUCCUAUUGGGAUUCUUGGAGUGCUUUUGUUGUUUGCGGGCAUUGAGUUAGCUAUGGCUGCUAGGGACAUGAACACGAAGCAAGAGUCUUUUGUUAUGCUUGUUUGUGCUGCUGUUUCCCUCACUGGCUCAAGUGCUGCCUUGGGAUUCUUUGUUGGUAUUGUGCUCUACUUGCUCCUCAAAUUGAGGGAGGUUGAAUGUGCUUUCGCCUUUUGCUCAUCUAACAAGAACAAGUCUUCUCUUGAGGAUGAGCAAGCUAGCUUAAUUGCCUAGACAAUAGUUUCAUUCUCACUUUAUAUGGUCGGGUCCCUUAAAUGAUCACCGAUGUUGUGAUCAUGCGGGAAUCUUUGUGUAUUUGUAUUGGUGUAACGGUUCAGAUAUUGGUCAUAGAGAUCGUGCAUUGGAAUAAAGGACUUUUGCCAAACUACGAUGCAAUGGAUUGUUGGGGUGCUGGGGGACAUGCUUGAAGAUACUUGGGACUUCCACGGUUCAUAAUUCAGUGUUUUUGGAUUUUGGAUGUACAUGUGUCCAACUUGGGACUUUAAAUGUCACUACAUGUGUAAUUUAAGGCUGCUCUGCUAUGGACUCUCUAAAGCUCUAUAGUUUUUAGAUAUUACUAAAAGUAGGCGUUAUUGCUCAUUACUUUUAGUUUAGAUUCAUUCUGUACGCGGAUGGAUGCAAACAAAAUUUAAAUAUUAGUACAUGUCUAUAUUUAUAUUUUGAGGAGCA